AAACCCACUAACCGUAACGUACCUUUCCCCUCGUUUAAAUCCACUCUCUUCUUUCUCGCUAAGUUUAGCAUCCCUCAUCCCCCAUCCCUUCGUAUUAAAAUCAUAUUUCCCUAUACAUAUUAAUUAGGUCGAGCGUAUCCUUCUCUUCUCCUCUGAUUCAUACCGCAAGAGAAAUCCCAACUAGUUUCCUUAUCUCCUUUUCAUUUCGAGACGAAAUAUAAAGAGACAAAAAGAGCGAUGGGUGCUGAUUGGGGGCCGGUUGUUGUCGCGGUGGGUUUGUUCAUUCUCUUCUCGCCCGGGUUGCUCUUCCAACUGCCGGCUAGAACAAGGGUGGUUGAGUUCGGUAACAUGAGCACAAGUGGGAUUGCGAUUUUGGUUCAUGCCAUUAUAUACUUUUGCAUACUCACCAUCUUGGUUGUUGCAAUUGGUAUACACAUUCACGUUAAUUGAUCCAAAAGCUGUUUAGCCAUAACGUCCAUACAGCUUGUUAGCUAGCUCUUUCUUUCCUUUUUUUCUCACUUCCCCAUGAUGGAGUUGCUAUAUCUCUCCCUUUGUUUAAAUUUUCACUUUCUAUUUCCGUUUCUGUUUAAUUUCCUUGUUAGUAGGUGCGCUAGCUGUUGGCUAGUAGGUCUUGUUUACAUUAAGUACAAAUCUAUGAAUUCUCUCUUAGUCAUCCAGGCCUUCAGUACUGUUCCUCUUACUGAGGUUGUUGGUCUGUCCUACAACUGCUACGAGCAACAAGUGUAAUCCGAUUCUAAGGUCUUUGUCGUAUUUUGUUUCAUUUAUCAUUAUGACAUCAUAAGAAGUAUAGGCACGAGAGAAUAAGCAAGAAAACUAUGUGCUUUUUAUA